CUGAAACUUGUUAACAAUCUGUUUAUUACAGGUGUUCCUAUGAUCUGUGUUCCUGACCCCCCUGGGCCAAGAAUGGGAUCAGGAGGCGCUACAUUAAAUAUUCUGAAAAUAUUGAAGGAGAAAUUCGGAGAGAAAUUCUUUUCUUUGCGGGUUCUCCUGAUACAUUCAGGUGGCUACAGUAAAAGGCUUCCAAGCCAUACUUGCUCAGGGAAGAUUUUUAGUCCUUUACCUAUUCUGCCAACUCAGGGUGGUCCAUAUCAGAUGCUGGAUUUAAAGUUGGCUUUGUAUCUACCAUUUCUUGAGUGUAUGGAACCUGGGGUUUUCAUAACAGCUUCAGAUGAUAUUGAAGUUUUCAACAUAGAUUCUAUAAAUUAUAAAGGAUCUGAUGACUGUAUCACAGCACUAGCUCACCCUGCCAGUUUAUACACAGGAACUACACAUGGAGUCUAUAUCAUGGAACAGGAUCAGGACGGAGAGAACACAGGUUCGUUGGUCCAGAUAAAGAGCUGUCUAGAGGUUUUGCAGAAACCAAGUAAAGAACUGAUGUCUGAGAAAGGAGCAAUACUUAACAGUGUAGACAGCAGUAAUAAUACUGUUCAACAGGUAUUUAGUGAUAGUGCUUUCUGGUUUCAUUCUCGAACAACAAAAAAACUUCUCAAGCUUGCUGAGGAGAUCUCCCCUGUACAACAUGAACUCUGUAUUUACGGGGAUUUUCUAACCUUCCUGGGGUCCAGAGAGUACAAACAUUAUGUACACAAACUGCAGGGGCUCCCACAGUCUGAGUGUAGAGAUAUAAAGCUGAAGCUAGGAUCCUGCAUCUCUGAUCAACCUCUCAAUAUUCUCAAGCUGAACCAGUCAAAGUUCUAUCAUCUAGGAACAUCAAGGGAAUAUCUUGAUGGGUUAACAGACAAUAAAGAUCUAAGAGAAGAAUUGAACCUUCAUACAAGAGUUCACUGCAGAUUAACCGGUGAUUCGAGCAAAGACGACAUUUCUGGGGUUAUACUGAACAGCUGUAUAACAGCUGACAGUACAGUACAUGAGAAUUCUAUUGUAGAAUAUUCAAUAAUUCAAGCUCAGGUUUCCCUGAAUAGUUCCACCAUCUUGAGUAAUGUUUAUAUUGAAGAGAGUUUAUCUAUCCCUGGAGAUUUUCUUUACCAUACAGUUCCUAUCAGGGACUUGACGGGUGCAGAGAAGUUUGUAACAGUUGCUUUUGGAAUCUCUGAUGAUCUGAAAAUCUGCCAUGAGUUUGACAAAUUAAAGUUUGGUGGAAUGUGCUUAACAGACCUGACAAAGGUUUCCAAAAAGUUGUCUCCAAACAACAUUUUCCCCUCUCAGGGGGAAAGUGUCUGCCUUUGGAGCGGGAAAAUUUUCCCUGCUGCGGAAACAAUGGGGAAAUCAUUUUCUCUCACAACAAAAUUGAUGAAUGCAUUUCUGGCAAAAGAGGAACUGAAUGAAGACGACUUUCUCAGUGAUGUGUACAGCAUGGCUGACGUUCUGCAGCUAAAAAAUUGCGCGGAAAUUAUCAAGUUCAGAAGACAAGUCACCAAACUCAGCAGUAUUUGAAUUUUCGAGAAUUCCGUUUUCCCUGUAUUUUUGUUUUACACGUUUGGUUUUUAUGAAAUAAUCACAUUUAUGCUUUUUAAAGAAAUAUAUUUUA